AUGCAGAACCCCUCAUGUCUUCUCUAUGGCCCAGGCGAUGCCAGAUUCGAAGAUCGACCUAUGCCAACGAUCGACAAUCCCUUUGAUGUAAUUAUCCGCAUCGAAUACGUAGGCGUAUGUGGCAGCGAUGUCCAUUUCUGGAUCCACGGCGGUGUCAAAAACCACGUCUCAGAAACAAACCCAAUAGUGAUGGGACACGAAGCAUCAGGAACAGUGUACGCCAUCGGACCAAGUGUUAAAAGGCUCCAGCCGGGCGAUGCAGUAGCCAUCGAGCCCGGUUUCGGCUGUCGGAUUUGUUCAAAGUGCAAAUCGGGCAAAUAUAAUCUCUGUCCCCAGAUGAAGUUUGCUGCGAAUCCGCUGGAUACGCAUGGCGCUCUGUCGAAGUUCUUCAAGGUUCCUGCUGAUUGCUGCUAUAAGAUUUCUGGGUCAGUUGACUCUGAGUUUGCUUCUGAGUUUCCUCCUGGAAUUGGGGGCUCGGGUGGAAUUGGACUUGAUGAGGCGGUACUUAUUGAGCCGAUGGCGGUUGCUGUGCAUUCUGUGCGGCAGGUUGGUGUGAAGCCCGGGGAUCGAGUUAUUGUUUUUGGGGCUGGGACUGUGGGCCUUCUCUGUGCGGCGGUUGCGCGAGAGUUUGGGGCGAAUUUGAUUGUUUCUGUUGAUAUGAGUGAUGAGAAGUUGGAGUUUGCGAAGAAGCUUGUUGGGGAAGACCGGGUUCGUUUUCGCACUGCGAUUCCUGCUCCGCAGUUGAAUGCCGAGGAGAAUGCUAGUGGGUUCCGAAACUGGCUUACAUGUGUUGACCCUGAUGCUGAUCUUCCUGGCUUUGAUGUUGCUAUUGAGGCUACUGGGGCUGAGCCGUGUAUUCAAACGGCGAUUCAUUCGUUGAAAGUUGGGGGUUCCUUUGUGCAGACUGGAUUGGGGAAUCGAAAUGUCAACUUUCCUAUUUCGACGGUGUCCGAGAAUGAGAUUACUAUCAAGGGGUGUUACCGGUACGGGGCAGGGGAUUUCCAGAUGGCGCUGGAGCUGGCGAAGUCAAGGAAGAUUGAGUUGAAGCCUCUUAUUACAAAGGUUGUGCCAUUCGAGAAUGUGGUAGAGGCGUGGGAGACUACCAAACGAGGCGAGGGAAUCAAGACUUUGAUUCGAGGAGUAGAACGUGCUGUCUGA